UUGCCAGUUUAGUAAUAAUUAAUAUUUAACAAAUAAAUAAACUAAAAUUACUAUUCUAGAGAUCCCAUUUUCUCAAAGUUACGUGUUCAUAAUCCCUAUUUCAAUCAAUAUACUCCCGAACAAUUUGUUUCAUCAAAUUUAUCAUCGAAAUCCCGAACAAUUACAUAGUUAACGUGCUUGGAUUGUUUUCUCGCAUUUUCACGAACAUUUGGAGGGCUACAAUUGAAUUCUUCUGACCAAACCUUGUUGUUAUCAUCACCACAAGAGACAUGGUUUAUCACUCAAGUUUUGUAGACGAUGAAGGAGUGAACAGAGCUUGUGGGUGUCCUCUCCUACCAUUAAAAAGCCACAUUAAGGGUCCUGCUCCUGUUUCAGAUCAAGAUAGAACUGAUAUUGUGGAUGAAGCUAUAACAUUCUUCCGAGCAAAUGUGUUCUUCAGAAACUUUGAUAUCAAAAGCCCUGCUGAUAAGCUUCUAAUAUACUUGACUUUUUAUAUAAACGUUGCUCUCAAGAGGCUUGAAGGUUGUAGAACAUUGGCUGAAGGAACCAAGGCAAUUAUCAAUUUGGGUCUUGAAAAGGUUCCUGUCCCUGGAGAGUCUGCUUUUCCUUUUCCUGGCCUUUUCCCCCUUCCUCAAUCACACAAAGAAGCAGAAUUGUUCCGAAAUUAUUUGAAGCAGAUAAGGGAAGAAACAAGUGGAAGAUUACUGAGCGUUGCAUACAGACCUAAUGGCACUCCAAAUAAAUGGUGGUUGGCAUUUGCAAAAAGGAAAUUUAUGAAUGUAAUUGCCCGUUGAACUGUUGUGGCAAACAUGCAGUUGCUUUAAUCAUAGUUUAAGCUGUGAAACACACACUUCAACACUAUUGAUCUACCAAUAAAAUAUAUAUAAUGAUUCUUGAGUGGCAUGUUGCUUGUCUGUUUUUAAUCUUUUGUUUUGAAAUUAUUCAACUAGUGCUAGCCAAGUAGAAUUCACAACGACAAUUGUUUGCCUGUCACGUCUAUUUUGCUCCUCAUGUUGAAGGGAGGGAUCAUUGAGUCAUAAUUGAGCUAUGGACCCAACCUUUGCUUGUGUCGGUAGUGCUGGUUAUCUUUCCUUGUUGUAUUGUAAUAAUGAAGUAUAAGUUAAAGCAAAAUUGCAUCAUUUACACUA